AUGACGGCCGCAGAGCAUAAUUAUGACAUCCAUAACAAAGAGUUUUUGGCAAUCGUGGACUCGUUGAAGAAGUGGCGUGUGGAGCUAAUUGGACUGCAACGACAGGAACAAUUCAAGAUUCUAUCUAACCAUAUUGCCCUACAAUAUUUCAUAACUGCUAAACGACUCAUGACAGGCAAGCUCGAUGAAAACACCCUAGCGGAUGCUUUCACUCGGAGAAAGGGACCGGAGAGAGAGCGUCAAGAUCAUUGUGAACGGCUCAUGUUACCAAAGGAGUGGUUGGGACCGUCCGAAGUGAGGAACUCGCUGGAGGAUGCACUACCAGAGGAGACUGAGCUGUUUGAUUCGGAAAAAUGGAGAUGUGUUCCGGAACUGUCAGUCACUGAUGUCGUAGUGAAUAUUGCUUGA